AUGGAUCCCACCAACGUUUCCUUGCAACCCCCGACUUUCGGGAACCUUAUUACCGUGUUGAGUAUUGAUGGCGGUGGAAUUCGAGGGCUUAUCCCGGGAGUCAUCUUAAAUUUUCUGGAGUCUGAACUCCAGAAACUGGACGGUGAGGAUGCAAGAAUUGCAGACUAUUUCGAUGUGAUUGCUGGGACAAGUACGGGUGGAUUGGUGACCGCCAUGUUAACUACACCAAAUGAAAACAAUCGUCCCUUGUUUUCAGCUAAAGAUAUCAAAGAAUUCUACCUCGAUCACUGUCCUAAGAUCUUCCCCCAAAAACGUAGGUCGAGAGUGACAAAGAUGAUCAAGGCUCUAUCGGGUCCAAAAUACAACGGGAAGUAUCUCCACAAGCUCCUCAAGGAAAAGCUAGGAGACACAAAAUUGCAGCAAACAUUAACCAACGUUGUUAUCCCCACGUUCGACAUCAAGCUCCUUCAACCGACCAUCUUCUCCAGCUACGAGCUCAAGAACAAACCUUGUUUGAAUGCGGCUGUCGCCGACAUAUGCAUUUCAACUUCAGCUGCACCUACUUAUCUUCCUGCUCAUCAUUUCAAAACUCGAGACAUCGCCAAUGGUAAUGAUCGGGAAUUUAACCUCGUCGAUGGCGGUGUUGCUGCGAAUAAUCCGACAUUGUUGGCUAUGGGUGAGGUGACAAAGGAGGCAUUGAAAGGAAAUCCUGAUUUCUUCGCUAUAAAACCAACCGAUUACUCAAGAUUUGUGGUAAUAUCAUUGGGAACUGGCUGUCCAAAAGAUGAAAUGAAGUACACAGCAGAGAAAGCAGCCAAAUGGGGGCUGUUGCAAUGGCUGACUGCUAGCGGGUCAACGCCGAUCAUCGACGUGUUUUCUCAUGCAAGCUCUGAUAUGGUCGAUUUUCAUCUCUCGGUCGUGUUCAAAGCCCUUCAAUGCGAAAACAACUAUCUUAGAAUCCAGGACGAUACGUUGAGCAGCGUGGUAUCGUCGGUGGACAUAGCCACGAAGAAGAACUUGGAUGAUCUUGUUGAGGUCGGUGAAAAUUUGUUGAAGAAACCCGUGUCUAGAGUCAAUUUGGAAACCGGUGUCUUUGAAGCUACUGAUGCUGAAACUAAUGAACAAGCUCUUACAAGGUUUGCAAAAAUGUUGUCCCGAGAAAGGUGGCUACGCCAUGCGAGGUCACCUCAUGGAAAGGCUGGAGAUCUUCGUCUACAAAAUCAAGACCAUUUAAGCUCGAACCUCGGGAAAAGUUGGCCUCCACAGAAAAGAAUGCUUCCUUGGUUGCAGCACUUGAACAACAUGUGAGAAAAUCCAGGAAAAGCUGUCCGACAGGCAUUUGGACUCUCACUUAAUGCUCAAGAUUUCGGUGAUUUCAGACAUUUAACCAACCAAUAUCUCCUACUUUUGACAACUUUGUCGAGAUCGGCCAGUUCCACUGUUCGAGCUCAUGGGAGAGAAGAGUACGAAAUCAAAUCAACCGAUCUUUAAAAGUCGGGUCUCAAUCUGGUAUGCUGUUUACGUAUAAAGUUUUCUCCUUUUAAAUGAGUUGAUCGGUUUUUAACUGUUCUUAUUCAGUACUACUGGGUAUAAGUAGAUAAAGUGGCUUGAUUUUCUUUUUCUUUUAAUCAAACUUGAUGUUGAACCAAAGUAUCGAUUCAAAGAGAACUUAGAAAUUGAUAUCAAAACUGGCUUUUGGAAAAUCUAGAACAGCAAAUCUAUAACUCAGUAAGGGUCUGAAAUAGUUUGCAUGCAUCUCGGUUGUUGUUACGAGACAAUCCAUCAUACUUUGCUAUAUUUGUCAUAAGGAAACUCGAAAAUGCUAUAUUUGUUGUAAGGGAACUCGUAAGAUAUUAAAUUCUAGAAAAGUGACGGGAUAGGACAUGGUGGUGGUGGGUGGUGCGCAUUAAAUGAGACUCGUCUCGUUAGGCUGUUCGUUUGAACUGUACGCAAUUAUAACCAGGCUCUCCCAAGACUCGUGACUAGGAAGUGCAUAUUGGAUGCUCUGUUGGAGCAGCUAUAUGUUUAUUGAUGGCGAAUUUGGAGUUGUUCUCCAUCAUGCUUGUUACGUGAGGCAAAGCAUCUUCAUACGGCUAUGCUUAAAGUCCAAGAUGAUAUUGCUCAAAAUUUAUUCCUACAAGAUGUGAUGGAGAUGGAGACACCUUAUCUUAAAGUAAGUUGAGAAUAAUAUUAUUAGGUAAUUCUUGACUUAAAAAAUUACUUUUCUUUUCACUUUUAGUUGUUACAAAAGAAUAACCUUUGCUUCGGUUAAUUGUGUUAGAAUUUUUAGAAAAAUGAUGACUUGUCCAUUCUAGUUUGUUGCUAUAUGCUUGUAUUGUCGUUUUUAUUAAGUUUAUUGUCGUUUUUAUUAA